AUGGAUGCAAAUAAUUUUGUCAUGUCGUCUUAUCAAUUCGUGAAUUCACUUGCAUCUUGUUAUCCCAACAACACAAGCAACAACUCAAACAGUACAACGGGUAAUGGACCGCAAAAUGAUUACUUUCCUGGAUCAGCAUAUACGCCGAAUCUUUAUUCGGGCGCACCACAAUCACACUACCCCAAUCCUCAAAGCUAUAAUCCGCUGACGGCGGCGAAUGCAGCUGGCCAACAACCGAGCAACACAGACAUGGUCGAUUACACUCAACUUCAACCGCAAAAGUUUAUGCUAAAUCAGCAGCAAGCACUAGGACAAGCAAGCUGUAAAUAUGCGGGAGAUGGGCAAGGCAAUGGUACUCCCAACAUAAAUCAAACCUCCAUUUCAAGUCCACAAGAUUUAUCAACUGCCCGUGAUAUUUCACCUAAAUUAUCGCCAAGUUCCGUUGUGGAUAACGUCGCUGUACGUUCCUUAAACAAACAAGCGGCAUCACAACAUUCAACAAAUAAUAACAACAAUACAAUAACGAACAAUAAUAGCAAAACGAAUAAUACAAAUUCUAAUACAAAUAACAACAGUCAUCUUCAAUCGACCUCACUACCAAUGCGCAGUCCAGACGGUGAUGAAUCAGAUGCAGCGAGUGACAGUGGCACCGAAGGCGGCUCAGGAACGGGCAAUGGCAAAAAAGGUCCACCACAAAUCUAUCCAUGGAUGAAGCGCGUUCAUAUAGGAACAAUGGGAAACGAUUUGAUCUGUCUUCAACAAUUUUUCAAUUCACAUUUAUGUUGCAUCACUUAUAAAUGA